AUGCCUGAACUCGCUCAACCGGAUUCACACCCCGGAGUUUCCGACAACGAAAAAGACAAGGAGCAUAGCAAUGACGAAUCUGGGUCAAGCGACCACGAGUCCGAAUACAAUCAAGAUGGAUCCGGUAGUAGUGAAGAGGAACAAUUGGUUGAUGUCAGCGAUGAGGUUCAGCUCGAGCCUGAACACGAUCCGUUUCCCGAAUCAGUGGAUCUGUUCCCAGCCGAAGAUGAGGACCAAGCUGAUCAUCAGGUUGUACAUGAAUCCAGAGAGGCACCAGAUGACACACCUAGAGACGGAUUUGAACCUGACGAAGAGGAUGUAGAUGGUCGAGCGGGAAAGGAAGCUAGAGAUGCACAAGCCAAUGCAUCCGAAGGCGAAUCCAAAUAUGGAGAAGAAGAAGAAGAAGAAGAAGAAGAAGAAGAAGAAGAAGAAGAAGAAGAAGCAGAUGAUCAAGCUGCUGAAGAAGUCGAAGACGCGCAAGCCAUUGCGUCUGAGGACAGAUCCGAAUACGCAGAUGAAGAGGAGGCAGAUGAUGAUUCUUCACUCGAAGUCCAGAAUCAUCCACCAGCCCCCCAGCAGGUCGCAACUGCGAAUAUUCUCGAGGUGCAGAUCCUCGAGAGUAUACCAAGAACCCAAAGAGAUGGCACACCUAUGGAUCGUGUGUCAGAAAAUGCUCGAAAUUCUCAGAAUGCCUCAUCGCAGCUUCCGGAAGUACCAGAGACACCGACAUUCCAGCCAUCUCGCCCAGAUCAGGGCCCUCAAAGCACUCGCCCCAAUAUCUUCACGUGGCUAACCGAGACGACCAAAGAAUCUGCUUUUCAGGAUACCUGGGAAGCAAUCCGCAAAACAAGGAAAUCCCUUAAGGCCCACGCUGAUCCCUCUACAAAAGGGCAUUUCAGAGAUAUCAUGAAGCUCAUUGAGCGGUUACGAAAACUGUUUGAAACCAUGACCAACGAUCCUGCUUCAGCUUCCUCCUCGAAAAAACAGUGCAGUCUCAUCGCCAACAGCAUUUUUAAAGAAAACCAGUGGAUCAUUUACACCGAAGCACCCGAAGAUGAAGAGAAUGGUGCACACCUGGUAAAUCAACUCGAAGCCCAUGUUGUUCCCCGUCUGAUUGACUUGAUCAUACUCGGAUUCAAGACCUACAAGACUCUACAUGAUGGGACAGCACGACAUUUUCGCAUCAUCCUCGAUUUGAUUUGGGGAUCCUGUGAUAGGAUAUCUUCCCUCGCCCAGAUGAAUUAUGUGAUUAGUGGGAGCGUGAUGGCUCAUUCUAGAAGACUGGUGCACCAUGUGAAGACUCUCAAGGAUGCACUUAAAGACGGCAGGCUACGAGAGAUACCCCAUCGCGUUCACCAACGCCCUCUACCGUACAGGCACUUUGAGUUGGAAGAGGUUGACAGCCAUAUCUCUUGUGGACGAUGGACCUAUGCGGAAAAGACCGCCCUCCGAGAUGGUUUGCAACUGUAUGAGGGAGAAGAUCGGUACAUUGAUAUCAAAUGUGACAACACAAUCGGCGGUCGACUCUCUGAUCGGAUCUUACAACAUAUCCAGAGCCAAGCCAUCAAACUCGGGGAUGACUUAUGA